AUGGCGGGAAAGAGAUGCAAGGUUGUGGUUUGCGGAUUGUAAUCUGGGAGAAAAGCUACAAUUUUGGAGCAGCUUCUCAAUGGGAACAAUAUUGUAGGGAUGGAAGCCUGUGAAACAAUGGAAGAAGUGCGCAGGCUUCCGUGGGAACAUCAGGGAGUGAAGGAGCAGUUACACCUGUGUGACACCACAGGCCUCCAGGGAGGCGUGGAGCUGCCCAGGCAUUGUUUUUCAUUUGCUGAUGGCUUUAUUCUUAUGUACAGUGUCAAGAGGAGCUUCUAAAGAAAGUUCAAAGACAAAAAGGAAGUAGCAGUAGUUGUUAAGAAACAAGAUCUACUGGAGCAGAGACAAGUGGAUGCUGAGGUGGCACAGCAGUCGGCCAAACGCAACAAAGUGAGCCCGUGGGAGGGGACUGCCACGGACCACAGGACACUUGCUGAAUCCUGCAGGCUGCCGGCCAGCAAGCUCUCCCAGCCCCAAAGUCAGGCUUUCCUCGGGGUGGAACAACAGAGGCAACUUGUAAGAACCACAAGUCACCAGUCCCCUGGUAAUCUGCCAGUAGACCCCUUUGUAAACCAGAAGGCGAAACUUCUUGCUUCCUCUUAAGAUGGCUAACCGCCUCACAGCAUCAAGAUGCCAUUUUCCAGAAGAAAACGCUACAGUCCUUGAAGAUUUUACUAAUACCCUAACAACAUGGCUAACUGCAGCAAGUUGACAAAAUAACACAAAAGGAAACAAGUUACUUAGUGGUUUCAGAUGCAGACGUGGUUAACUAUUUGCUGUAACUGUAAAAUCUGAAAUAACGAUGUGUGAAAACAACUGCAGUGCUUUGGGAGGCCCCAGUGCGUGAGUGACAGCCAGGAGCUGCUGCGUGUGCAAGAUGACUUGACAGGACACCGCAUGGAAGGGGAAGGAGGCGUCCCCAGGCGGACACCUGAGCUCUAGUACCGGUCCGACUGUUUCCUGGUUGAUUCCGUUACUCUCUCAGCCACCACCAUCACCCACUCCUGCAAACAUACUGUUCACCCAAACCCAGAAUUUACACAAUGGAGCAAGUAGGAGAGGCCAAGUGACAACGCCCAGAGCUUGGCCGUUAGACUAGGCUCCCUUGACAUUUCAGAAAAGAUGUAGAGACUUAGGGAAGCCAAACAACUACGCAGCACAAACAAUUAUUUCACAGCAACAAAAAUACUACAUUUCUGCAAAACUUCAGGUAGGUUGUAAGACAAUAAACAAUGUGACAUGAAAUUGCAUGGUGAAAUAAUCAAACAGAUUGAAUAUUCAAGAACAGAGACCUGGAGAGACUCAACAAUGGAGCAGGGUGGGGUGGUCCUGUAGCCCGAAGGCCACAAGAGUUACAAUCCCAAGGUCUGAGAAUACCCUCUGGAAGAUCAUGCAGUACAAGUUUUAACGAAUGUUCUAGUUCUUGGGUAUCUUGCGUAUAUAUGGACUGUAACUUAUAUGACAAGUUUAUAUCUGUUAAAUGUUUGUGCUUAAAUACAUGUAUUAACUCUAUUAUUAAAAAAUAAAGGCAACAUGGAAUAAUUUUUAAAAUACCACACAUA